AUGCCACGCUUCAAGCCACUGAGACACGGAUUCGGUGGGGGUGGUCGAGCCGUGGAGCAGAAAGCGCUUGCCAAAAAAGACCAGAGCAAAGGUUCCGGCAAAGGUAAAAAGCACCAGAAAGGAGAAAAGCCAGGGAAGUCAAAGAAAGAAAAGGAAAAGAAGGAGAAGAAGGAGAAGAAGGAGAGGAAGGAGAGGAAGAGAGAAAAGAAAGAAAAGAAAGCAAAAAAAGAAAAAGCAAAAAGAGAGAAAGCGAAAGCGAAGAGACAAAAGCAAAGGCACAAGGAACUCGACAAUGCCAGGGAGUUGGCAGUGUUCCCACUCCCAAAAGCAACGCCGAGCUCCGCAUAUCGAGCGUCUUGGCCACCGCACGCUGCAGUGUCACCGUCUCAAUCGCUCGCUUUGCGGCCGGCCCCCUCUGCAGCGCCGGAAUAUGCUGAGCGGAAGAAGGAGUUGAGGUGGAUCAACCUGAAGAAAUAUUGUCGCCAAUACCUUCACAAGAAUGACUGCUCUUUUGGUCCUCGGUGCAAGCUCAUCCACCAGAGUUACUGCCGAAAGUAUCUCAUGCGUGGUGGAUGCACCAACCGCUUGUGUGACUUUAAGCACCUCGACAUUUGUGAGUAUUUCCAGAGAAGACACUGGACAGAGGACUGCCCACGCCUACCGCGUUGCCCCUUCCUGCAUGUUGUUCUACCUCGUGAAGAAAGGCUCUCAUUUCCUUCAAGUGCCCCCAUUGGUGGAAGCCCUUCCAGUUCGCACUCCUUUCCACCGGUGCCGCCCUCGCUGUUUCUUCCGCCACCACCCACACCGACCACGCCGGUGACCUCUGAUGACGAGUCGAAGCCAGUGGAGGUCAUUGAAGUGGAAGAUGACGAGCCAGCAGAAGCGAAAGAGGAAGACUUCCACGGGGUCCCCAAACGGGAGUCCCAGCUCACGGUGGGCUUUGCGCGGCGCUAUGGCUACGAGGAUUGGGGCGACUAG